GGGUGUUCCCCUUCCCCCCUGUUGCCCUCUGACGCCUCUGCUGCUGCGGCCGACCUACUUGGUCUUGAGUCGGUCAGUGCGGCGUCUGCCCCUAGCGGGAGACGCUGCUCUGGCAAGAGCAAGGGGGGCAAGGGCGCGGGUGGAGCUAGCGGGGGUGGUGGAGGUGGCGGUGGAGGCGGCGGAGGGAGUGGGGGUGGCGGUGGGAGUGGUGGCGGAGGUGGUGGUGGUGGUGGCGGCAGUGGAGGCGGAGGCGGCGGCGGCGGUAGCGGUGGGAGCGGAGGUGGCGGUGGUGGCGGCGGUGGAGGCGGCGGUGGCGGAGGAGGUGGAGCUGGUCGGGGUGGUGCCUCGCAGCGGAUCAGCUCUGGUGGUGGUCAGCGCCAGCAGCAGCAGCAGCAGCAGCGUUCUCGGGACAUCCCCCCCCCCUCAGCAGCUCCGUGAGUGGUACACGCAGCGUCAGCGUGGUGGGGGUUUUGGUCCGUGCACCUACGUCCUUCGCUCCGGCGACCGCGCGGGUGAGCAGUGUGGGGGUGCCCACCCCACCCAGCGCUGCUUUGGCCGCCUGACGGACGCUUGGCGUCAGCAGUUCCCCGAGGCUAGUGAGAUCCCCCGCUGGGGAGAGCUGUCUAGGGCAGGCGUAGCUAUCUAUGAUCUUGACUUUGAUGCUAUCCUUGCUGCCAUGUAUGCUGUGACUAUUAGUGAUGAGGGUGAUUGUUACCGGUGUUUCCCGCCCAACCCGGGCAUAGGUACUGCUGCGCUAGGUGCUUGUGAGGCUGCUGCUCUAGGUGCCAACGCGUCUGCGCCCUCAGGUACUGGUGAGGCUGCGCUCUCAGGUACCGCGUCGGCUUCGGCCUCCCUCACCUUCACGCUUGACUCGGGGGCUUCUCGCUCCUUCUUUCGAGACCGCACCACACUCACGCCGCUUAGUCGGCCGGUUGCAGUCUCCCUGGCUGACCCCUCUGGGGGUCCUAUCCUCUCUCACUUCUCCACAGUCCUCCUGUGUCCGGCUGCCCCCUCGGGCACCUUGUCUGGUCUGUACCUCCCCUCGUUCUCGACAAACUUGGUGAGUGGUGCUGACCUGCAGGAUGCGGGGGUUCACCAGUUCACUCCUGCGAGUCAGCGGGUGGCCCACUGCUCGGAUGCCCGCACAGGCCGACACCUGGCCACGUUUUCACGCAGGCCGGGGUCGAGUCUCUACACCCUGAGCACUGCGUCUCCUCCUGUCUCUGCGUCUGGCCAGGUAGCUGCGUCGGGUCAGGUGUUUGCUGCUGCGUCCAGGUCUGGUCCUGAGUCUGCCCCUUGCUCGUGUCGCCUCCUGUCUCACGAGACUCUCCUGUGGCACCACCGUCUUGGUCACCCCUCCCUGCCUCGUCUUUGGGGCAUGGCCUCCCGUGUCCUUGGGCGGCUCCGGGCUGCCCCUCACUCCUCUCAGUUUCCCCCGACAGAGGCUCCGCUGCAGACGCUUCACUUGGACGUGUGGGGCCCGGCCCGCGUCCGUGGACAGGGUCACGAGCGCUACUUCCUGCUGGUGGUUGACGACUACUCGCGUUACACCACAGUCUUCCCCUUGCGCAGCAAGGGUGAUGUCACUGCGGUGUUGAUCGCCUGGAUCCGCGCAGCUCGUCUCCAGCUCAGGAGGAGCUUCGGCUCAGACUUUCCUGUUCUGCGUCUGCACUCUGACCGAGGCGGAGAGUUCUCCUCUGGCCUUCUGCGAGCCUUCUGUCGUGCGCGAGGCAUCCGCCAGACCUUCAGGCUUCCGGACUCUCCACAGCAAAAUGGGAUUGCUGAGCGCCGCAUUGGCAUGGUCAUGGAUGUCGCUCGUACGUCCAUGAUGCAUGCGGCUGCCCCCCAUUUUCUGUGGCCGUUUGCGGUUCGGUACGCGGCGCAUCAGAUCAACCUUCACCCUAGGGUCUCCCGGCCGGAGACCUCCCCAGCUCUGCUAUGGACGGGGAAGGUUGGCGAUGCGUCUGCGUUCCGUGUCUGGGGAUCUCGGGCGUUUGUCCGCGACUUGUCUGCGGACAAGCUGUCCCCUCAUGCUGCUCCCUGUGUCUUCCUUGGUUUCCCCCCUGACGCACCAGGGUGGCAGUUCUAUCACCCCUCCUCUCGUCGUGUUAUGUCCUCCCAGAACGUCACGUUCGGCGAGUCAGUCCCCUUCUACCGCCUCUUCCCCUACCGCACUCCUUCCCUCCCCCCGCCACCGCACUUCCUCGUGCCAGGUCCCCCCCCGGUAGACCCCCUUCCCCCUCAGGGUCCUGCCCCUUCAAAGGUGUCCCAGGUUGACGUAGUCGAGCCGGUCGAGGUUGCUGGUGACUCUGGUACUGCUGCGGGUGCUGAGCCUUGGGGUGCUGACUCUGGGGGUGCUGCGCGCGUGGGUGCUGAGCCCGGGGGUGCUGAGUCUGGGGGUGCUGCGACUGGGGGUGCUGAGCCUGGGGGUACUGCGACUGGGGGUGCUGGGCCUGGGGGUGCUGAGCCUGGGGGUGCUGAGCCUGGGAGUGCUGAGCCUGGGAGUGCUGAGUCAGGAGGUGCGGAGCCUGCGGUCGCUGGACCUCCCCUUGUGGCGUCUGGCGGUGCUGAGUCUGGAGGUUCUCCGGGUGCUUUGUCUCGGCGGGAACCCCUCUCUCCAAAGGAGCUGCGCGAGUGGUUUACUUGCCGCUGGAGCCGUACUGCUGGAGCUGGAGCUUCUUUGGCCGCUGAGGGUGCUGGUGCCGCCGGUCCCGGAGCUGCUGAGCCUGCGGGUCGGACUGGAGCUAGAGCUGCUGAGGGUGUUGGUGCUGAGACUACUGCUGUCCGUCCUGGCGGUGGUCCUGCUGCGGGUGCUGCUGGUGCUGCUGAAGGUCCUGCAGCUGGAGGUGCUGUUGGCGCUGGUGCUGCCUCUGAGGGUGCUGGUGCUGUCCCUGCUGUGUCUGGAGUUGCCGCGCGGCCUUGGCCAUACUUCGUUCCGCUCCUGCAGCAGGUUCUUGGUCUUUCUCCUCCUGUAGAGUGUCCAUCGCCUGUCCAGUCUCAGUCACAAUUAGAGCCCGCCUUCCCUCUGCCUGCUCCCUCUCCUUACACUGGUCCUACUGGAGGUCUUGCUGAGCGUUGUGAGCCUGCGUCUCUUCCCGCGUUGCCUGUUCGUGCUUCUCGCGCUAGUGGUCACGGUUCGCGUCACCGGUUUCGGACCCCCUUCGUGCUGCCAGUCCUACUGUCACGCGUCUCCUUGCUACUGUCGUCGCUGACCCCUCUUUUGAGUCCACUGCUGCGUCUGCUCUUGUUGCUGAGCUCGUCGACUUUGCAGCUCGCUGUCGUCUAG